AUGACUGUUAUUGAGUAUACAACCCAGUUAAAGAGGUUGGCUAGGUUGGCCUUGGGAAUUGUGCCAAUCGACUUCAGUAAGAAAGAAAAGUAUCUGGAUGGGUUGAAUCCCAAAAUCAAACACGACCUGAUGAUCACAACUGAUGAUAACACCACGUAUGCUGAUAUGGUGGGAAAAGCACAGCGAGCUAAGGGCGCAUGUGGUUUGUUUGGACACUACAAGAGAGAUUACCCACAACUCAAGAAAGAAGAACAGAAGACAGCAGCAAAGCCCGCUCCAACAAGGAUUUUUGCUCUUACUCAGGCUGAUGCAGAAGCUAGUCCUUCAGUUGUUAUAGAUAAUGGUGAUCUUCCAACCAAAGGCGAGGAGCCAUUUGUGUUUGUGGGAUCAGUUUUAGGAUCUCCGAUUCCAGUAAUCUCGCAAGAAAUAGAUUUUGUUAUUGAUUUAGCACCUGGAGCAGUUUUAGUUUCUAAAGCACCUUAUAGAAUGGCUCUGGUAGAGCUUAACGAAUUGAAGAUUCAGCUCAAGGGAUGGUUGACCUAG